AUGGCAGUAUCUGGUUUCGAGGCUAGAAGCGAAGAUUUUGAGCUCAGAAACAGGAAAAAAUCGCAUGUGGAACAGCAUGCUGAUGAAAUAGAAACCGAGAAGGAGAAAGACGUGUUUGCGGGGCCAGAGCUUGAAACCAGCCCGCUUGAGAAGCUGGAGAGUGUGGUUAUGCCCAUAGUUUUCACGGGGCUCGCCUUUUUCACGCGUAUGUACAAGAUCGGGCUCAACAACCACGUUGUUUGGGACGAAGCUCAUUUUGGUAAGUUCGGGUCUUACUAUUUGAGACACGAAUUUUACCAUGAUGUGCAUCCACCGCUCGGAAAAAUGCUCGUGGGUCUUUCGGGCUACCUCGCUGGCUACAAUGGAUCUUGGGAUUUCCCGUCGGGCGAAGAAUUCCCGGAGUACCUGGAUUACGUCAAAAUGAGACUCUUUAACGCUUCAUUUUCUGCCCUCUGCGUGCCAAUCGCGUACUUCACCGCCAAGGCAAUUGGAUUUUCUCUACCAACCGUUUGGCUCUUCACCGUGUUGGUUUUGUUCGAGAAUUCGUACGCCACGCUCGGGAGAUUUAUCCUGCUGGACUCCAUGCUACUUUUCUUCACUGUUUCCUCUGUGUAUGCUUUCGUCACUUUCCACAACCAAAGAAGCAAGCCAUUUUCAAGAAAAUGGUGGAAGUGGUUACUGUUGACUGGGCUGGCGCUAGGUGCAACGAUUUCCGUUAAAAUGGUGGGGUUGUUCGUCAUCACGCUUGUCGGAAUUUACACCGUGGCUGACCUGUGGACAAUGCUGGGCGACAAAAGCGUCUCCAAGAGGACUUAUGUUUGUCAUUGGCUUGCCAGAAUUUUUGCCCUCGUUGUUGUACCGUUUAUCGUUUUCCUGGCUUGUUUUAAAGUUCAUUUCGAUUUACUGUCUCACAGCGGUACUGGUGAUGCUAACAUGCCUUCGCUUUUCCAAGCCGGACUGCUCAACUCCGAAGUUGGUGCUGGCCCUCGUGAUAUCGCAGUCGGAUCUUCCACUGUUAGCAUCAAAAACCAAGCAUUAGGCGGUGCUUUGCUGCAUUCCCACAUACAGACUUUUCCUGAGGGAUCGAAUCAGCAGCAAGUCACUUGCUAUGGCCACAAGGACAGCAACAACCACUGGAGGUUUGACCGGAAGAGAGGACUGCCAUUCUGGACCGAGGAUGAAACAGAAAUCGAAUAUGUGACUCCUGGUGCCGAGUACAGAAUAUCUCAUUUGAACACACACAGAAACCUUCACACACAUCCCAUCGCAGCGCCACUCUCGAAAGGUGAUUGGGAAGUUUCCGGGUACGGAAACGAAACUAUCGGAGAUCCAAAGGAUGACUGGCUUUUGGAAGUUGCUGUGCAACACGGGAACGAGGACAACACGAAAAUUCAUCCGUUGACAACCUCAUUCCGGAUUAAGAACCUUGAAAUGGACUGUUAUCUUGCUCAGACUGGCCAACACCUCCCAGAAUGGGGGUUUCGACAAAGUGAAGUUGCUUGCUUGAGGAAUCCUUUCAAAAGAGACAAGCGCACCUGGUGGAAUAUCGAAACGCAUACAAAUGAAAGACUUCCAGAUCCACCAGCCGACUUUAAAUACCCUCAACUCGGAUUUUUGAAGAACUUCAUUCAUUUGAACUUGGCCAUGAUGGCAACCAAUAAUGCUUUGAUUCCAGAUCCUGACAAACUUGACAUUCUAGCGUCCUCUGCUUGGCAGUGGCCCACUUUGAAUGUUGGUAUCAGGUUAUGCGGGUGGGGUGAUGACACUGUGAAAUAUUUCCUCAUGGGAUCACCAGCAUCUACAUGGCUCUCAACUUUUGGAGUUUUUACCUUCAUGGCAUUGGUAGUCAUCUUAUUACUUAGAUGGCAGAGACAGUACACUGAUUUAUCCCAAACUCGCGAUCUUAACUUGUUUUUGAUGGGUGGACUCUAUCCUUUGCUUGGAUGGGGUCUGCAUUUUAUGCCCUUCGUGAUAAUGAGCAGAGUAACCUAUGUCCACCAUUAUCUCCCUGCUCUGUACUUCGCUCUCAUUGUUUUGUGUUACCUAAUUGAGGUGAUCUCGAAGCGCUGGAACAAGUCCAAAUUGGGCCGCGUCGCCAGCUUAGCAGUUUACACAGCUUAUGGAUCGCUCGUGAUUGCCGGAUUUUUUUACUUUUCCCCAAUCAGCUUUGGAAUGGAAGGUGAAUCCAAGAACUUUGAAUAUUUGAAUUGGCUUCCUUCGUGGACCAUUGCCUGA